AUAAAAAAAAAUAGUUGUCAGUAUGACAGCAAAGUAGGAAGCGUGACGCCACCAUUGAUAACCCUCUUUUUCAUCGAGACCUGAGGCCACCAAGUCUCGUUCACCAUGAGCCUAAAACUUCAGAAACGUCUUGCCUCAUCGGUAAUGCGAUGUGGUAGAAAGAAGGUAUGGUUGGAUCCUAAUGAAAUUAACGAAAUCGCCAAUACCAAUUCACGUCAAAACAUCAGAAAAUUAAUCAAAGAUGGUUUGAUUAUUAAAAAACCAGUAGCUGUUCAUUCACGUGCCCGUGUACGUAAAAACACAGAAGCUAGACGUAAAGGUCGUCAUUGUGGUUUUGGUAAAAGAAAAGGUACAGCUAAUGCCCGUACCCCACAAAAGGAAUUAUGGGUCCAACGUAUGCGAGUACUUCGUCGGUUAUUGAAAAAAUACCGUGAGACGAAAAAAAUCGACAGACAUCUGUACCACGCCCUUUACAUGAAAGCCAAGGGUAACGUGUUCAAGAACAAGCGUGUCCUUAUGGAGUACAUCCACAAGAAGAAGGCCGAGAAAGCACGUGCGGAGAUGCUUUCUGACCAAGCUGAAGCCCGUCGUACCAAGGUACGUGAAGCCCGUAAACGACGUGCUGAGAGAAUUGCCGCCAAGAAACAGGAGCUUUUGCAAUCUUACCAACGUGAAGAUGAAGCUGCUGCUGCGCAAAAGAAAUAACUUACAUAUUAAUUGUUUUAAUAAAUAAAAACCACAAUUUAAAGUA